UUCCAACCAAGGAACACGCAUAAUCCACAAAGCCUAACCAUGAAAGCGUUUCUGUGUCAAGCUAACCCACAAAGCCUCUGUUCGCUUCUCGCUCCUUUCGGCCCCAGCCAGAGCAGCUACUCCUGCCCUCUGGUUCAGAGUCAUGGCUUCAAACCUAGCAAGAUGAAGAUGAGCCAAGGCUGGAGGAUAGUUCAGAGGAGAAAAGGAGAUGAUGGGGCAGCAGUGGGAUGUGCGAGCUGGAGUUUGGAGGCAGAGUUGCAGAGAGAAUUGGAGGCAGAGAUGAAGGAACAGGAAGAAGGAGAAGGUGAAGAGAUUGGGAUGGCGAGGUUCAGGCAUAAAUGUGAGGAAGGGCAGGGAUUGGUGGAGCUGUUGGAGUGUCUGGAGAGGGAAGCCAUAAUGGGUGAAGAUGUUGGCAAGGAGCCUUUGGAUUACAACAGAAGGGCUCACAUAUUUGAUACAACCUCCAGAGUCAUCCAAGCUCUCAGGCAAAACGACACUUCUGUUUCUCCUCAACACUCUUCUGAAUGAACAAAGCGACGGACCCAUGAUUUUGAUAUCCAUGCUUGUAUUUCCACGACUUUUCCUUUCUUUCUUGUCAUGUUAGUAACUCCUGAGUGUACGUGAAGGGGUUUCUGUAGCUUCGAUUUCUUUCUGCAUUGUUGCUGUCACAUAACUGCUUCUGCAUUUUGAAAGCUGUUCUUGGGCUUUCCUACAAGAUUCUGGCUCAAGGGUUUGCAUCCACCUUUAUUGUUUGGA